AUGACUGACUCCAGCAAGGAUGCCCUGGAACUGGACGAGGACCCUUUGCAGGACAUCCUAAAGCCACGGGUGAUUUCAGUGCCAAAAGAUAGCCUGAAGCGCAUCUUUGGGACCAGCCAGGUGUUCCAGGGCUUCAGUGAACCCAAACCAAAGGCCAAGGGCUUAACGGUGCCCCUCAAAGUCAGGGAGUACUUCUUCCAAGGCCAGGCGUGCUUAGAGCAAGAAGACUGGGAGACGGCCGUGCUGCUCUUCUCCCGGGCCCUCCACCUGGAUCCCAGGCUGGUAGACUUCUAUGCCUUGCGGGCCGAGGCCUACAUCCAGCUCUGCGACUUCUCCUCUGCCGUCCAGAACUUGCGAAGGGCCUAUUCCUUCGAGCCAGAGAACACCAAGUUCCAGGAGCGGCUCACCUUGGUGCUUCACCUGCAGGGCCAGUGUCUGUUUGAGCAGUGUGCCUACCAGGACGCCCUGUUCAUCUUCUCCCAAGCCUCUGAGCUCCAGCCCCAGGAACCGUGCUUCCGCUACCGAUGCAUGGCCUGUCUCCUGGCCCUCGGUCGGCACCAGGACUGCCUCACACUGGUGACCAAGGAGCUGAAGCAUGGCACAACCAAUGCUGAUGUCUACGUCCUCCGGGCCAGGCUCUACAACUUCUUCCACAAGCCUACCCUCUGUUACCGGGACUUGCACAGCACCUUGCUUCUGGAGCCCAAGCAUCCCCAGGCCAAGCUGCUCCUCAAGACCAUGGUGAACCAGGCCCAACAGGCUCGCCAAAGUGCAGAGAUCCUUGCCGUUCAGGGCAACAUGCAGCAUGCACUGACGUGCAUCAACUGCGCCAUCGAGAACAACCCUCUGGACCCCAGCCUCUUCCUCUUCCGGGGCACCUUGUACCGCCGGCUUCAGGAGUUUGACGUCGCUGUGGAAGACUUCCUGAAGGCACUGGACAUGGUGCCCGAGAGCCAGGAGGACAUGGUGCAACAGGUGCAGCGCCAGCUGCUGCUGGCUUACAACGACUUUGCUGUGCACUGCUACAUGCAGGGCGCCUACCAGGAGAGCUUGCUGCUGCUCAGCAAGGCCCUCAAGGAUGAGCAGCAGGAGAAGGGCCUCUAUAUCAACCGGGGCGAUUGUUUCUUCCAGCUGGGCAACCUGGCCUUUGCUGAGGCGGAUUAUCAGCAGGCGCUGGCGCUGAGCCCGCAGGACCAGGGUGCCAACUUGCGCAUGAGCCUGCUGCAGGAGAAGAUGGGCUUCUGCGAGCAGAAACGAAGGCAGUUCCACAAAGCGGAGAACCACUUCUCAUUGGCCAUCCAGCACAACCCCCAGAAGGCUCGCUACUACCUGCAGAGGGCCAAGAACCGCCAGCUGCUGCAGAACUCGUUUGGGGCCCGCCAGGAUGUCGCCACCGUGCUGCUUCUUGAACCUGAACAACCACAGUUGCUCCCGCUGAUGACCAGCCUCUUCCCGGGCAUGUCGGUAGAUGAUGUGCUUAAUAGCCAGGUGGCCCACCUGGCCAGGCUGCAGUUGGAGCGGGCUGUGGAGAGCAAUAUGCAGUUCAGCAUCCCGAAAGGCAUUGUGGGGUUGCUCAGGAAGCGAGAAUUAGAGCGCCAGAAGGCCCGCGCCCUACAGCACGAAUGGAAACUGGAGCAGCCUUCCUCUGAAGAGCUUAAGGCCCCCUACCAGGCCCUGCAGGAAGGCCCAGAGGAGGAAGCUGUGGCCCCAGAGAAGGAGAAGGAAAAGGAGGAGGAAACUGAACACACCUCCGACAAGGAGAUGUCCCUGUCCAGCAGCUACGUGGAUCUGACCUCCUCAGGAUCCAUCUUGGGCUUCAUAGUUACGUCCAUCUCAGAGACAGAGACAUCCACUAAUUCCCAGGGGUACAGGAGCAGUUCGACCGCUGCUGUGACAUCCUCUGAUUCCUCACUGCUGAAGAUUCAGUCCUCAGACUCUGGGACCAAUGGGGAGGACUCAAGUCUGAGCCAGAGUCCUAGCAAGACCGAGGACACCCAGGGUCCAAGGCGGAGGCCCACCGAGACCGAGGACACCCAGGGCCCAAGGCGGAGGUCCACCAAGACCGAGGACACCCAGGGCCGAAGAGACACCCAGGGCCCAAGGCGGAGGUCCAGCGAGACCGAGGACACCCAGGGCCCAAGGCGGAGGUCCAGCGAGACCGAGGACACCCAGGGCCGAAGGGUGAGGUCCAGCGGGACCGAGGACACCCAGGGCCCAAGGCGGAGGUCCACCAAGACUGAGGACACCCAGGGCCGAAGGGUGAGGUCCAGCGAGACCGAGGACACCCAGGGCCCAAGGCGGAGGUCCAGCGGGACGAAGGACACCCAGGGCCCAAGACAGAGGUUCAGGAAAGCUAAGGCUCCUCAGGGCAGGAGCUGGGGACUCAGAAAGUUCCCCACCCGUGGCCAGGCCUGGGGAUUACUUCGAAGUUCCAGCAAGACUAAGGAUUUCUAUGAUCUAAAUGAGAGCCCUAGCAAUACAGAUGUUCCUCAGGGCGGAAGCCAGAGGCCCAGCAAGACUGAGGCUGUCCAGGGUGGGGAACAGAGGCCUUGCAAUGACGAUACCACCCAGGGCCAGGAUUGGGGACCAAGCCCAAGUCCUAGCAUGGUCAGUAUUUUCUAUGACCCAAGUCACAAGUCCAGCAAGGAUGAAGCUACACAGGACCAGAGCCAGAGACUCAGUAAGACUAACAUUGCCCAAGGCUGGAGCCAGAGAUUCAGCAAAACUGAAGAUGUCCAAGGCUGGAACUCAGAGCUAAGCCCAAGAUCCAGCAAGACCAAGGCUGCCCAAAGCCCAAGCCAGAGCGCCAGAAAGACUGAGGCCAUGCAGGGCCCAAGCCAGGGUCCCUGCAAGACUGAAUCUGCCCAGAGCUGGGGCCAGGGACCAAGCUCAAAUUCCAGCAAGAAUGAGUAUAGCUGGGACCCAAGCUACAGUCCCACCCAGGGCCUGAGCCAGAGCCCCACCAAAAGCAGAGAUGAACAGGGCUCAAGCCCCAGCCCCAGCAGGAAUACUGCUCCUUAA